UCAUCAUCAAGGUGGUUAUUAUUUUUACCAGUUUUAUAGAGCUUCAGAAUCGGUGGCUGGCUGCCGAGUAGGGCAGGAAUUUUAACUGUGAUUUAUAUAUACUUGCCACUUCCACAUCAUGGUUCAAACGUACCAGUCCCCAGUAAGGGUUUAUAAGUAUCCAUUUGAGGUUGUAAUGGCUGCUUAUGAAAAGCGGUUCCCAACCUGCAAGAUGAUUCCAAUUUUUCUAGGCAGCGAAAUAGUGUCCGACAAAAAGAGUCCCGACGGAGCUGUUCAUGUUGUGGAACGAAGAUGCAAAUUGAAUUUAGAUGCACCUUAUUUAUUAAAGAAAAUUGUAGGUGUUGACCAUGUGUACUUUAUUCAAACAAACUGCGUUAAUUGGCGUGAAAGGACCCUAAAAAUAGAGGCCCGUAACGAGAGUUUCUCUUCACGUGUGCAUAUUCUAGAAGGCUGUGUUUACUCGGUACACCCAGAUAAUCCACACUGGACAUGUUUUGAACAAACAGCCAAUUUAGAAGUGAAGUCAUUCUUUGGGUUUGAAAAUUCUGUAGAAAAAGUAGCAGUAAAACAAUAUGCAAAUAACAUUAAAAAGGGUAAAGAAAUCCUUACGUACUAUAUCAAUGAAGUACUAGAGAAAAGCGAUGGCCCCAUACCAACGUGGUCAGAAUUACACCCUAACGAAGAUCCACGUACAGUGUGUACAGAUGUGAAUGGAGUGUGUCCAUCAACAGCUGAGUCUGUCCCCUCAACAUCCAAUCAGGAAGCAUCACUGAUUUCACCCUCCACAGAAACCAUCAGCUCACAGACUAGGACACGGCUUGCAUCAUCUGUCAAGGAGAACGGUGGCGCUGUUGGUGGUUAUGAUGAUGAUGGAGCCGUGUCCAAAGUUGAUGAAGAGUACAUUGCCCGAUUUCUUGGUAACUUGACCCCCUUGCAAGAGAGUAAAUUAAUUGAACUUCGAGAAUGGCUGAGCGACACACAUAAGGAGAAAGAAAAGAUGCCUCAUGAUGCGCACUUACUGCGUUUCCUUCGAGCCCGUGAUUUCAACACUGAGAAGGCGCAUGAGAUGAUCACCGCGUCACUGUCGUGGCGUAAACAACACAAAGUAGACAAAAUACUUGGCACAUGGGAACCGCCUGAACUACUGACAAACUACUGGCCAGGUGGCUGGCAUUACAAUGAUACAGAUGGCAGACCUGUGUAUGUAAUGAAACUAGGCCAGGUAGAUGUCAAAGGCUUGAUGAAAACAGUUGGAGAGGAAAUGAUACUACGACAUAUACUUUCAAUCAAUGAAGAAGGCAUUAGGAGGACAGAAGAAGCUACUAGGAAAACAGGUCGACCAAUAAGUGACUGGACAUCAGUAGUGGACUUAGAAGGUCUAAGUAUGAGACAUCUAUGGAGGCCUGGUAUCAAAGCCCUCUUGCGUAUCAUAGAAGUGGUGGAAGCCAACUACCCGGAAACAAUGGGAAAACUUCUCAUUGUCCGAGCUCCUCGCGUCUUUCCCAUUAUAUGGACAUUGAUUUCGCCAUUUAUAGACGAGAACACACGCCAGAAGUUUCUGAUCUACGGCGGAAAGAAUUACCUUGAUCAUGGCGGUCUGCCGGACCACGUUGAAGACCAAUACAUUCCCGAUUUCCUCGGUGGUGACUGCUUUUGUGAUAUACCUGAUGGCGGCAUAAUCCCAAAAGUCUGCUAUCGCUCGUUAGAUGACAUCCUGAAUCCAGAUGAGCACUUGCUCUGCUCAGAGACUGUUUACAAGUCAGCAACGCUCAUGAAAGGGCAACCAUCCGAGGUCCUUGUCAAAAUCUCAGGAGCACAAGAAGUAUUAACAUGGGACUUUGAUGUUUUACGUGGUGACGUAAUAUUCUCGGUCCUUGUCGUCCGAAAGCCAAUUAACCAUCCAAAGGAAACGACCGGUCCUCUCGGCAACACCAUUUACAUUGACAAGUCGAUGUUCUGUGGCAUCGAUUAUGGCGUAAUUGAGUCUGCCCUCGUCUGCAAAGCAGGUGAAAGUAUACAGGGGUCACAUGUAUGUCAAUUUCCUGGCAACUACAUCUUACAAUGGAAGUACUACUCACCAGUGGCAGUGUCCACUUCUACCAAGGGACACCAUCACCAACACAAGUCCAAGAUCAUGUACUUCCAUGAAGUGCUAGAUUCAGAAAACUUUAGAGGUUCCAUGACAAGUCUACAGUCAUGCCAAAGCGGCUUCUCCUCAUUAAGCAUCUCAACGACGACCAGCAAAUCCAGUGGCCAAUCAAAAUCCAGCUCUUUUGUAUCCAGAUGACUAGACGUGAACCAGGCAUCUAAGUCGGCAAAUGCAAACAAAAACAGCUGACAAUGAAUUGCCUGCUUAACACACUCGUCAAUGCAAUCCUUUAUGAAAUCUAUAAUAGUAAUAAUCAUAUUGACAAUAAUUUGAGUCCAAAAAGUUACCAUAUAUGUUUUGAAUAUGGUUUUCUUUUGGUGAAAUGUGCAUUAAUUAAAAGCAACAGAUCAUACCUGUUUAAUAAACAGUCUAUUCUUCACCUAAGGCCAAAUUUAUUUAUUUCUUCCAUUGUUGAAUCAAAGAUAUAUAUUACACUCACGCAAAAGUUUUAGACUUGGUAUAAAUAUACAAUGUUGCAAUAGAUACUUUUUUUUUAGUGAUCUUAAAAUGUAUUUUGGCAGACAUCAAAAGUUCAUUGUGAAGCAAUGCAAUUGAUGAGAUGUUAAUAAAUUUCCCUUCCACCACCCACCCACUGCCUUACCUAACUUCUGAUUUACCCCUGCACAUAUCUCAUCACUUAACCCUGAUCACUUUAUUCACUCUCCACAUGACCCUGUUGCUUAUCCUUCCUCUAACCUGACCCUGCUACUUAACCUCUGUUAGCCUACUUUCUGUCAGGCAUCUCAUUAUUUGCCUUGCUUUGUGGUGAAUCAGAUGAUGCAGUGCUUGGCACUGUUUCUUAACAGAGCAGCAGAGGUACUUUUGUAAAUGGGUUGUGAUGGGGCUAAGGUAAAGCCGCAUCACAUUAAGUUAGAUGUGUAACUCUACCUUAUUAAUACAUCUGAUUCUAGUAUCCUUUGCACUGUAAUACAAACAGUGGCGUAUCUAGAAGUCUUGAAUUGGUGGGGCUGAUGUGGGGGCGCGAAGGUGAAGUGGGGGGGGGCUCGAUGAUCGGUUGAGGGGCGCUAAUUCGCAAAAUAUGGUUUAAGGUGAUUUAUAACUACUUGACCAUGAUUUUUUUGGGGCACCCCGCCCCCUCCCCUAGAUACGCCACUGAAUACAAACCAUGUGACCAAAUACUAAUAAUCUAAUGGAUUAUAGAUACUAAUCUGAUCCCGUAUGAUGUUAACAAGUCAAAUCCGGAUAUAAUUAAGUCUUGAUGGUUUUGAUCAUAAUUGGCUGUCAACCAAUUAAGGAAAGCAAUCUUACACUGAAAAUAUUUGUAUACUAAACAUCACCUUACUAAAAAUAGCUUUAAUAUUUAAGUUGUGUGAUUAUGGUAUUCAUGGGUUUGGUAUUCAGUAACAUGAAGGCAUUGUUGUGUAUUGUUGAUUAAUAUAUUAUGUUACCAUAAAACAAACUUGUAGUAAAAAUUAUGCACUAGCAAACCAAUGUUGCUUUUAGAAAAGCAAGUAUUCUUAUUUGUAGGCAUUUAGAACAAAUGCUAGCAUGUUGAGGCAUCUGAUAGAGAUUCAUAUUAUGUAGGUUCACAUCACAGUUAUAUCACAGCCCAACACUGGAUUGAGAAAUAAAUAUCUUUACAUUUUUAGAAACUUGAGGAGGAGUGGUAAAACUAUGAUGCAAAAUGUUUAGGAUGAAUACACUUGUUAGAUGUAUACAAUUGAGGUUGUCCCUUUAAAUUUAUAUAUACUAUUUGUAAGUAUUAAAGGUAAAAAACUGAAUUGUACUGUGUUGGUACCUUACGAUACGCACAAACUGUCUCUUUAAAAAUGUAAAGUUAAUUGCUACGUAGAUAAUAAAUAAUAUGUUUGAGAACAUCCCUUUAAAUGUAGGCUUACUACAUAUGUUAGUGAAUUAUACAAACAAUUGAUAAUGUCCGUUUAAUCUGAUGUUUAAAAUGGAAUUAUCAUCAAUAAUUUUAAUAUUUGAUAUAGGAUUUGAUUUUGGUAUACUUUUAUUUCAGACUAACUUAAUAAUGGAUUGAGAAAAUAUUUAUAACAUCAGCUAUAUAUAUAACACUUGCUGUUAAUUCACCUUGUCAAGUAUCUUGAUAUCUAUUUCCCAGUCUACAUUAACAGUAGUGUUAAUGCACCCUCUGCUAAGCCCACCUCAUGGUUGUUGUUACUUAGGGUCCACAAAACUAACAGCAUAAAUAAACAAAAACUCUGUAUGUGAGACAUGCAUGUAUUUCUAGCCCUGUUCUGAUUAGUCAGUUGUUAAAUAAUCUUGAAAGAAUUAUGAUAUUUAUUCAUUGAAAAAAUUAGGCUAGCCUUUAAUUUUGAAGAUGGUUUUGAUUGUGAACAGAUUUACAAUUAAAUACUGGUAAUUCAUAUUUUGAGGUAUGUUUGCCUCUGUUUUGUAAUAUCUAAUGCUAUUGAAUAAAACAUUAACAGUUGUUUGUAUGUGAAAUUAAAUUCCUUUCUAAGAAGCAGUAUUUUAAAAACAAAGCAGACUAUGGGGUGAGAUGGUGGUGAACAUACCCAUGUUGAUGCCACAGUCCUUACCCCCACCCCGGCUGUCUUCUCCAAAUUAUGAAACCGUGGUCCUGCCCUAGUAAUUUAUACAAUAGCUGUCAUUAAUAAUAGCAAUUCCUUUGCUGUUGAUAGAAAUAGAAAUUAAGAAAUAAAUAGUUAGGAUUUUUCAACCAUGAAUUUGGGUUUAAUAGGCAAUAAAAUGACAACAAAGACAAAUAAAAGUAAUGAUAUGAACUAUGAAACAAUUAUAUCAAAUCAAAUAUAGAAUUUCAAUGAACUUAGAACACAGUGUGGGAGCAAUAUUGAUUUUGUUUUUGAAUUAGUAGUAAAAUAUGACAGCUGAUUUCAGGGAUUUGAAAACAAUCACACAUUGCUUAUUGUUAGAUUAAUAGAAAAAUUCCAUAUUGUUAUUAACAAGUUGUAUUCACAUUUAUUUUAAAACAAAUUAAUACAAGAAGUAAACAACAUUCAUUGUACAUUUGUAGUUUAGAUAAUGUAUGAUUUGAUAAUUUAAAAAGAUAAAGUAAAGCUUACUGAUGCUUAGACAAAAUAUUGGAAAGGAAAGCUAUUAUUGUUCUUUACACUGAAGAAUUUGGCAUUAAACAAUUUCUUUCUUAUGUACCUUUAAUACAAGUUUAUCGAUUGAUUGAUUUGUAUUGAUUGAUUAUUUUAUGAAAUUAACUAUUUGUCAAAUGAUUAAUAUUUUGGAAAGUUGAUUUGUCAAUUUAUUAAUUUAUAGGUCAGUAGAUUGAUUUAUUCGUUGAUCUGUUUAUUAAUUGAUUUAUAUGUUGAUUAGUUGAUUUAUGUGGUCAGUGGAUUGAUCUAUUGGUCCACUGAUUGAUUUGUCAGUCAAUUGAUUGUCAAUUGGUUAAUAGAUCUAUUAGUUGGUUGAUCUCCAGGUCUGUCAAUUAACAUAUUUAUUAUUUGAUUGAUCUAUUAGGUAUUAAAUUAUCAGUUGAUUCACAUACUUUCCAAUCGAUUGACUGACUGAUUUGUUGGUUACUACUAUAGAUGUACAUUGAUUGAUUGAUCACUUAGUUCAUUGGUCAUUUGGUUGAUUUUUUGGUCAAAUAUAUUAUUGAUCAUUUUAUUAUUUUUUGUCAUCUGAUUUAUUGAUCAAUUUUAUGGAAUACUUGAACCUGACAUAAUAACAAGAUAUUGUAAAUUUUUUAAAGUUAUAUUUAUAAAUAUGGAGAAAUUACUUGUUUAUUUUAAUCUUGCUGUGCGAGAUACCUCACAAAACUAACUGUACUGUACAUACCAUAACUCAAAAAAAUUACGUUAUCAAAAGUUAUAUUUUUUUUAAUGUUUCUUUCUUGAUCAAAUGCUUUCUUUUAUAUUUGUGCUGGGUAUUCUUUAAUUUUGGUUUAAAAAUUGUCUUUCUGUUAAGUACUUAGAGCAUUUAGCCAUAGCACAAUACCGCAUUGCUUAACAACGUAUAAAGACAUUUUAUGAAAUGUAAAUUUAAAGUAAUUAUGCCUGCUCACAUUUACCUCAUCAAUAUUUGAACAAACUAAUAUUUUCUAAUAUUUGCACUAAAUUUCUGUAUUUUUGUUUGUAUUUUAUUUGCCAUUGUGUUCAAAUAGUUGACAAGCUCUCUCAACACAUUUUCUUUGAUAAGUUCCUGUGAUUUGCCCAUAUAUAGGCAUGGUGAUGUUAAUAUUGCUACAAGGUUUCUUUUAUUUACAAACGUAAAGCAUAUAACAAAAGCAAUCAAUUAUUUCAAAACACAUUUGUUGAUGAACUUGUUAAUUUUUAUGGCUUGUUGUUAAUUAGAAUUAGCCAAGUGGCUAUGUUCAAUAAUAUUUUCAGUGUGCACUAAUUAUAAUAAUUUAAUAUAAUUAAUAUUUAUAUUAUUUAUGAACAAAUUCGCUUCUUAACAUUUAGGAUCAAGUAAUUAUUAAGUACAUUUUAUUUAAGGGGAGAAAUGAAAUUGUGAGUUUUAACAACUGUAUCUUGUUGAUUUUUUUGUUUGCUUCAUUGCAACUCCAAGUGCUUCUCAUUAAUAUGUUAAAAUUCAAUAAAAACAGUAGUAAAAUUUGAUAUUUAA